UUUGUCAACAAUAAAAUGACAGCAGACCAAUUUGAACAAAGUUGCAGCAUGGAUCAGUGUGAGGACAGAGAGGAGGGAGUCCCUCCCUCUAAAAGCACUCUGUGUGGGGAACAUGAGAGCCAGACCAAAGCUCAGAGCCCAGAGCUGUGGGGCGUACCAGGCUCAGCUGGACAUAACCCUAAAACUAAUCCAGAACCUGGACCUGAACCCAGCUGUGUUUCCUUAAAGAGCAACAUGUCGAAGAGUUUUGAUAUAAACUUUAAAGGCUGUUCUUCUGCUGCUGAGAGAGCUUCUGCACAGUGUGGAGAAAGAUCCAGAAGCAGAGCUGGACUGCAGACAGCCAGUCAGAGCAGCUGUGUACAAACAGAUGUUGGUCUGCAGGAGGUUUUAGAUGAACAUAAGAUCAGUCUGAGGAGGAGAUGUGAACGUGUGACUGAAGGAAGUGAUGAAACAGGAAGUAGAACCCUCCUCAACAGGAUCUACACUGAGCUCUACAUCACAGAGGGACAGAGUGAAGAGGUUCAUACCCAACAUGAGGUGAGGCAGCUGGAGACAGCUUCCAAGAUGGACGCCCUCCAUGACGCUCCAAUCAGGUGCCAGGACAUCUUUAAAGCCUUACCUGACCAACAGAGACCCAUCAGAGUGGUUCUGACCAACGGCGUGGCUGGUGUUGGAAAAACCUUCUCAGUGCAGAAGUUCACUCUGGACUGGGCAGAGGGCUUGGAGAACCAACAUGUCAGUGUGGUGGUUCUGCUUUCAUUCAGGGAGCUGAACCUGAUCAGAGAUGAGCAGUACAGUCUUCUGGAGCUGCUCCAUGUUUUCCAUCCAACAUUACAGAAGGUCACAGCAGAGAAGCUGGCUGUCUCUCAGCUUUUGUUCAUCUUUGACGGCCUGGAUGAAAGCAGACUUUCAUUGGAUUUCACCAACAGGAAGCUGCUGUCUGAUGUCACACAGAAGUCAUCAGUCAGCCAGCUGCUGACAAACCUCAUCCAGGGGAAUCUGCUUCCCUCGGCUCUCGUCUGGAUAACUUCCCGACCCGCAGCAGCCAAUCAGAUCCCUCCUAAAUGUGUUGACAGGCUAACAGAAGUACGAGGCUUCACUGACGCCCAGAAGGAGGAGUACUUCAGGAGGAGAUUCAGUGAUGAAGAGCUGUCCAGCAGAAUCAUCUCCCACAUGAAGACAUCCAGGAGCCUCCACAUCAUGUGUAGUAUCCCAGUCUUCUGCUGGAUCACUGCUACAGUUCUGGAGCACAUGUUGACUACAGAGCAGAGAGGAGAGCUGCCCAAGACCCUGACUGACAUGUACUCACACUUCCUGCUGGUUCAGACAAAGAGGAAGAAGAACAAGUACCAUGAGGGACAUGAGACGAGUCCACAGGAGCUGACGGAGGCUGACAGGGAAGUUCUUCUGAAGCUGGGGAGGCUGGCGUUUGAACAUCUGGAGAAAGGAAACAUCAUGUUCUACCAAGAAGACCUGGAGCAGUGUGGUCUGGAUGUGACAGAGGCCUCGGUGUACUCAGGAGUUUGUACAGAGAUCUUCAAAAGAGAGUGUGUGAUCUUCCAGAAACCAGUCUGCUGCUUUGUUCAUCUGAGCAUUCAGGAGUUUCUGGCUGCAGUCUACAUGUUCCACUGUUUCACCAACAGGAAGACAGAGGUGCUAAGGAACCUUCUGGGAAAAAAUUAUUGGAAAUCAUCUCUGGCUGGUUUCCUGAACAGAAACAUGUCUAAAUCCCUCCAGAGUAAAAAUGGCCACCUGGACCUGUUUGUUCGCUUCCUUUAUGGCCUCUGUCUGGAGUCCAACCAGAGACUCUUAGUAGGUCUGCUGGGUCAGACAGAGAUCAGUCCAGGAACCAUCCAGAGAGUCAUCAACAACCUGAAGGGGAUGAACAGUGAUGAAAUCUCUCCUGACAGAAGCAUCAACAUCUUCCACUGUCUGAUGGAGAUGAACCACCUCUCAUUAUUUCAGGAGAUCCAAGAGUUCCUGAAGUCAGAGAACAGAUCAGAGAAGAAACUCUCUGAGAUCCAGUGCUCAGCUCUGGCCUUCAUGCUGCAGAUGUCAGAGGAGGUUCUGGAUGAGUUGGACCUGCAGAAGUACAAAACAUCAGAGCGGGGACGACCGAGACUGAUUCCAGCUGUGAGGAACUGCAGAAAGGCUGGACUGACUCAGUGUGGACUCUCAAAGUCUCACUGUGAAGUUGUGGCCUCAGCUCUGAAGUCCAACCCCUCCCAUCUGACAGAGCUGGACAUGAGUUGGAACAACCUGCAGGGUUCAGCAGUGAAGCGUCUGUGUGCUGGACUGGAGAGUCCAAACUGUGGACUGGAGACUCUGAGACUGACUGACUCUGGACUCUCAGAGUCUCACUGUGAAGUUGUGGCCUCAGCUCUGAAGUCCAACCGCUCCCAUCUGACAGAGCUGGAUAUGAGUAGAAACUACAACCUCCAGGAUUCAGCAGUGAAGCUUCUGUGUGCUGGACUGGAGAGUCCAAACUGUCGACUGGAGACUCUGAGAUUGAUGAGCUGUGGUUUGUCAGAGAUCAGCUGUGAUUAUCUGGCAGCAGCACUGAAGUCCAACCCCUCCCAUCUGAGACAGCUGGAGCUGAGCAAGAACAACAAGCUGCAGGAUUCAGGAGUGAAGCAUCUGUGUGGUUUCCUGGAGAGUCCAGGAUGUGGACUUGAAACUCUGAGAUUGGAGAACUGUGGUUUGUCAGAGAUCAGCUGUGAUUAUCUGGCAGCAGCACUGAAGUCCAACCCCUCCCAUCUGAGAGAGCUGGACCUGAGUGACAACAACAAGCUGCAGGAUUCAGGAGUGAAGCAUCUGUGUGGUUUCCUGGAGAGUCCAGGAUGUGGACUUGAAACUCUGAGAUUUUGGCGCUGUGGUUUGUCAGAGAUCAGCUGUGAUUAUCUGGCAGCAGCGCUGAAGUCCAACCCCUCCCAUCUGAGACAGCUGGAGCUGAGCUAAAACAACAACCUGCAGGAUUCAGGAGUGAAGCAUCUGUGUGGUUUCCUGGAGAGUCCAGGAUGUGGACUUGAAACUCUGAGAUUGGAGCACUGUGGUUUGUCAGAGAUCAGCUGUGAUUAUCUGGCAGCAGCACUGAAGUCCAACCCCUCCCAUCUGAGACAGCUGGACCUGAGCCUGAACAACCUGAAGGAUUCAGAUGUGAAGCAGCUGUCUGAUCUUCAGCAGAGUCCAGACUACAGACUGGAGACUCUGGUGUGGAGGUGAUGGUGGUAAACAGGACGGUGUGUGUGCUGAGAGAGGAGGAGCUGUGUCCUGAUGAUCCAGAGAGGUUGAAGCAGCAGCAGCUUGUGUGUAGAGACGCUCUGACUGGGCCAUGUUACUGGGAGGUGGAGAGGAGAGCUUCAUCCAGCAGUGACUGACAGAGGAAUGAAGUGCAGAUGACUGUCAGUGCUGCAGAGUGAACUGCUCUGAGAACAGCUCCACUGUCAGACACAAUGUAGAGUCCAGCAUCAUCCCUGUGUGUCCCUCUGGAUCUGACAGAGGAUCAUCAGUGUAUCUGGACUGCUCUGCUGCUGCUCUGUCCUUCUACAGUCUCUGCACAGUCUCUGUCUGACUCUGGCUUCAGACCCUCCUGGAUCAAACUCACCUGGAAAGACUUUCAAACAUCACUCAAUAGAUUUGAAUACAGAAUAUAUUUGAUAUAUACUGUAGAUGUACUGUAGAGUUGCAGUUUGUCACUUGUAAAUACAGUCUGUGAGCAGCUAUGAGCUGAAAGAUC